GCCUGGAUACCGAGCAACAACCUUUCUUCGGAAGCUUGCGCUUCUGAGCAAAACCCUAUCCGUGCGACUUCACCGUGGAUAUUUGAAUCGAUACCGGCAAUGAAUAUUACGCGCUAGUUCACAGACAGAGUGGCAGACGAGAAUAAUCUCUAGUGUUCUGACGAUUUCAGUGGACGGAACAGGGAAAAGUAGAAAAAUGGAUUUCGGACACAUUUUGAGGAGACGCAGCUGUGAAUUGGUGAAUACACCUUUGCCAUGUGUGAACAAGGCUGUUUGUCAUAUUGAAGAGCUGGAGACAAAGCUAAAGAAGUGGUUACUGCCGAAUGAAGACUUUGUAGAGGAGAGCACCAUCACAUGUAUUUCUAAUGUGAGUGGUGAAGAUCAAGCUAGUGAUGCUACAUCGGAGUCUCCAAAACUACACAUUAAAGGGUUUGGACUGAUUGAUAAAGGUUUUAAACUCCCAGGGACAACCCUGAAGAAAGAUACAGAAGCUGUUGUGUCAGAGGUCAUAGAACUAAUUUGGCGGCUGGAAAAAGAUCGUCAAGAUGCAGAAGAGGCUCUGAAGAUGGAGAAAGCACGAAAACAUGCCCUGGUUGCAAAGGUCGAUGAGCUUUCCCUAUGGAAACUACGCCAUCUUCCCGAAGCUGUCCAGAGAGAAUAUGAAGCUGUUGCCCCAGUCAUCUCUGAGCUGCAGUGGCAUGUUUCAUGUAAGAUGCAAGACUUAGAAAAUGCCCUGAACAAAGCUGACAAGACAGAGACGGCAAACGCUAGGCUGCAAGAGGAAAUCCACUUUAUUAAGAAACACAGCCCCCUGCUGGAGGACAAGCUUCAUCAGGAGGGCCAUAUUACCAGCAAAAUACUGCAGGCUCAGGCGGAGGCAACAAUACUACUAGAAGAAGCUGAGCGGGAACGUAAGGCUUCAGAGAUUAAGUUUGAAAAUGCAACGACAGCAGCCAACCAGGAGAGGAUGGUGAUGGCAGCAGAGCUGGGUGAAGUCACGACAACUCUGGAGUCCUGCAAACAAAGUUUGCUCAAAGCUGAAGCGAUAUGGGCUGAAGACAAUGCAUUCAUUCUACAGACUGAGAAAGACAUUGCAGAGAGUAAAACAUUGUACAAUCAGUUAGUGAAGGAAAAAGAACAAGAGAAAGCAAAUGAAGAUGUGUGGAACAAACAAGUAGUUGAGCUUAAAUAUGAGUUGGAUGACCAAGAAAUGAAAACCAAAGAAUUAACAAAUGUAUAUGGCACACUACUGAAAGAAGAUGAAAUCACAAAAUCUGACUAUAAGUCUCAGUUAUUAAACCUGGAAAAUCUCCUUCAUAACAAACUUCAUGCACUGAGGGACCUGCAAUACAAAAACAAGACCCUAUUGCUGGAAAAUGAAGAUUUAUCAACUAAAAUUAGAGAAUGUUCAAAGGCUAGAAAGAAACACAACGCAGACAUUCAACGCAUGCAAAAGAAUGUUGCUAAAAAUGAAGAUCAAACCCUUAAGCAUGCGGCUAACAAGGCAAAGUUAGCAGACAUGGAGGAACAAGCGAUUAAAGAGGAGACGCGUAUGAAGAACCUCACUGACAGUCUAAGAAAACAAAUUACAGAUGAAGUGAGGACAAGUCAAGUGAUACAGGCUAGGAUGUUUGCAAUGGUGACCGAAAUGCAGCAAAAACAAAGGGAAAACAAGAAAAUCAAAGAGGACUUGGCAAAGUUGUUAAAAAGCAUUGAAGAACCUGUGGCAGAAUUAGAGGCCAAAGUCGAUGCAUUAAGAGUUUUCCACCACAAAAAAGCAGAGGACCUGAAAACCAUGCAGCUGAUAAAGCAGAAAUACGAUGAGAAGUUCAAAGAAACAAGUCUUCAACUAGGGCACAGAAAGAACACCUUGGAGCAACAAUUAAGUGAUACACAGGACCAGUUAUUCCAGGUUUCUGAAAAGCUAAACUACACUACAGAACGCAUAGAAUAUUUUAAGAAUACAACACGUGAUUUAGUGCAGUAUGGACUUAUAGUUGGAAAUGGUAAAGAAGCAUCAGCAAAAGAAAUUGCACUGUUAAGGGAAGAUUAUGACAUACUGGAACAUAAGCUACAGGAUGUGAAUGAUAUAAUAAUACAACUACAGAAUGAAAUAGAUUUGUGCAAUUCCCGCGUGCAAACUGGAAAGGAGGAUUAUGAAAUACAGAUGCAGAACAGACGAAAGACCCUCAAACAAAGCAAAGAAGCUUUGAUGUCAUCACUUAAUGAAAACAAGAUGUUAGCGAAGGAGUAUGAAACACUUCAGUCAUGCUAUAUGAAUGAGCAAGACAAAUUAAUGUCCAGCUAUGAAGAAAGACUGAAGAUGGAGACAGCAUUACGAGAUUACUUACAGAUCUCGGUGCUGCAGAGCAGGAUGCACAGGGCUUUGGUGGAGUUUUUCAAACAACGAGGCCUCUAUAGUCAGGCGGGUCUGGCCAAGUUCCAGGCAGCCUCUCGAGAGAACGCUCAGAAAAUAUUAGCUGUGCAGGAGGAGAUGUCAAAAGCAAUUCAGCACAUCUCUGCCUUCCUUACUUCUUUGACAGAUGGCUCGCCAAGAGACGACAGCAAAGAAAACAACCAGUCUAUCUCAGAUGCUGAAACAAAAGACAAGAAAAGUCACACAGUUCAGAUAACAGUGUAAUUGGACAUUCACCUGUUUGCCAUUUCACACUUCCAUGGACGAAAAAACUCCCAGCAUGCUUUGCCAUUCUUUUACUUACAGCAAAUCCAUAACAAUGAAACAGGUGACUUUCAUGCUGCUGUCAGGAACAAUCUAAUUUCAGCUCUGGGUGACUGAUUGCAAUUGGCUUUGCCUCAUCUGAUAAUUAAUCUAUGUCACCAUUAAUUGGAAGAGAGAAUAAUUACUGGCGGCGUUGACAGUGGCUGUACGCUUCUCCAAAUUUCCCCAUCGUGUUGGCCCGAAUAACGCCUCUGUGAACAAGUAGUUAAAGUUUAUGUAAACGAUAACAAUACCAAUACCCUUAUGAUUGUUCCACUGUGUACUGUAUGUAUGAUGCACUUUUGUUUUCUAUUUUUUCCUGUUUACUGGUUUUCUCUUUAUCUCACUGGGAGCUGUCUUCCUCAAUCACUCUUCAGUGUUCUAUCUUAAUUUUGAAGAAGUUUAAAGUUUUCAAUGAGCUGGAGAUGAAUGAUUAAUGAAUAAAUUUAAAUGCUUCAUCUUGUCCAUG